UGUAUCGUGGUCAUAUCGUCGUCUCCUGCAUUUCUUCCCAUUUAUCAAUUCCCAAUAACUAAUAGAUACAGAGAGAGAGAGAGAGAGAGAGAGAUAAAAAGAAAGAGAGAGAGAGGGCAGUGCAGAGUUGGGUUCUCUGGCCUAGAUCUGUUGAAACUUGGGAGUGAGUGAGAGAGACACUCCAGAUUAAAAAAAUAUGAUAAAAUAGAAGAGAUGAUAGAUAGUGAGAGAAAGAGAGAGAAAUAUGAUAACUACUAUACUGUUACUAUACUCAGUCACUGGCUCACCAUUUGUUCAAGUUAAAAAAUUAUCUCCCAAAAAUCAAAAAAUUUGACUGAAUUAUGCUUCAUGGAUCCGCUUUUUCCGCUCCCUCACCAUCAGAGCAUUCCUCAGCCUUUUUGAGCUUUCCUUUUCCUAUUACCUCAAAUCCCCCGCUCUCUCUCUCUCUCUCUCUCUCUCUCUCGCUUUUUUUUUUCUCUCUCUCUCUCUGAGUGGGCUAAACUAAAGACUUCUCAGACUGUUUAACACUAUUACAGCUACUUCUGUCAUUUUCAUUCUGAUUCUUCCGUCGCUGCAAGCUUUUCUUCCCUCAUCUCUACUUGUCUCCUUGAUUAGAAAGCUAGACCAAAAGGAAAACUCUCUGUCUCUCUCUGUCUCUCUCUAGCCAGAUAAUGGGCAAAGAGUGGUUGUACCGGGGUGGUGGUAGUGGUAGAUCCACAAAGGGAGGAAGAUUAGGAGGAGGAGGAGGAGAGAGAGAGACAGCGUCUGGGUCUGGAUGCAUGAGUGCUGUUUUUCAACUCUUUGAUUUCCAUCAGUUUCAGUUUGCAUUGCACCAACAAGUACCCCCUUUUAAGCCUGACGUUGACUCUUUUCUUCCUGAAGAACCCACUCUCCUCAAAGGGGUAGAGGCACCAAGGAACAGCUUGGAGAUGGAUCAGGAUGAGCAUUUCAGGGAAGCUGCUUCAUUUCCAUCAACAAUGAAAGAGGAAGAAACUUUAAAUAUUCCAAUGGGUAUUCAAAUCAAAACAAGUGUAGUUGGAUCAAAAGUUGGAACUCCAAAGGCAAGAACAGAUGAUUUAUCUUCAGAAACUAGUAGCUCUCCAGGAGCCAAGACCCCAAAUCUAGUGGCCAGACUAAUGGGUCUUGAUCUUCUUCCUGAUAGCUGCUCUCCCUCAUCAUCUUCCUCAAAUCACUCAACAUCAAAGUUACAUCCACUUCCACAUCCUCAACUUCAAAAUCUAAAACAAGAAAUCCGGCAUCAUCGACAUCUGAGUCAAAGCCGGUCAACAGGCAACAAAAGUUUCUUUGACACCGAUGUCAUCGGUAGUCGUUCAUUGCCAGAAACUCCAAGAAUUUCAUCAGCCAGAAGGUCAGAUGUGGACCACCGGCUUUCCCUUCAAAUAAGCAAAGAAAAUAUUGUUGGAGGCGAAGAAUUCGAAUUCUCAGGCUAUUUAGCGACCAAGAUGGGUCGAAGAAGAGAAAUUAGGCAAGAAGACGAUAGCAAAAGUCCAGGCCACUACGCAAGGCAGAUUGCCAAACAAGUUAAAGAAAGUGUUAGCAGGAGAGUUGGUAUGGAGAUAACCAACACAAUCAGAAACAGAGAGCAAGGAAGAAGAGACGAUCAAGUUGUUUUACUCAAAGCAAAGAAACCAUCCAAGGGUUUAGUUUUAAUUGGUGAUGAGUCGAGCCCGAGUAAACAUCAACAAUCAACAACACCUUCUUGUUCGCCGAGGGUCAGGUUCUUGGAAGUCAAGAACAAGAAUCAUCAGCUUGUUCAGUCUCCAAAAUUGUCAGCUUCACACUUGUCAUCAUCGGUCGAUAAUACUCAAACUCAACUAAAAUCGGGUAAAGUUUCUUCGAAGCCGCCCAAGCCUCAAGCACCAAUGCAAGAGCAAAAACAGCAGCAGCAGCAGCUGAAUUCGAGCCAGAAAUGCAAGAAAAUUGAAAGCGAGCGUUACGGUUCGCGUCUCAAAAAGCCUCCGCUGACUUCUGAUGUGUUUCGGAACAAGCAGGAGGAGCUGUUUGUUCGAUCAUCUGCAACAAAUAGAGUGAACCACUCGGAGAAGAAAUGCAAGAAAACGCCAUUGUCAAGUGAGCUACUCAACAUCAAUGUCCCAAGUUCACUUUUUCCAGUCAAGAAAGAUACUUCAUCUUCAACAACAAAAUUGCCUCAAAAACAGGGACAGGUAUCAGAUGCUGUUUCAUCGAAAAGCGGCACACAGUUAUCUAGUUGUUGGAGCCAACCGUACAUCAAGCACAAGCACAAGCAGAAGCAGCAACAACAACCGUCUCAUCCGCAAACUCUGACCGUCCAAAAUAGCUACUUCUACUACCACACCACCACUAACGCUGGAGGUACUGCUGCUGGUGGUGGUGCCCAAUUUCAGUACAUCACACAAAUACUAAAAUGUAGUGGCAUCCACUUGAAUACCCCUCUCUCCUCCUUCACCCCUUACUGCUACUCUCCUUCUCACCCCCUCCACCCUUCAAUCUUCCACCACCUUGAACUCUCCUUCCUCACCGCCACAGCCACCGCCACCACCACAGCCACCGCCAUCGAAGACUCACAACAACAGCAAGAACUGAGCCAUCGCUGCAACAGAAAGCUGGUAUUCGAGCUAAUCGAUGAACUUCUAGUGCCAAUUUUGAAACCUCACAUAAAUUUGAAGCCGUGGCUAUCUCCAGCAGCUUCUUCAUUUCAAUAUGAUAUGUGCGGAUCACAAUUAAUUGACACGCUGUGCUCGAAAAUUCAAAGUUUUCCUUUGGCGGAUUGCAGAGUCCUGGAAGAUAUUGAUGCGUUGAUCGAUCAAGAUUUGUGUGGAUCGCAACAACUAAGGGGAUUGGUGGAGCUUGAAGAGGAAGGGGAGGAGGUAGUAGCAGAGGUGGAGCGUGAGAUUGUGGAGACGCUGGUGCAUGAAAUGGCUGAGGAAGUAGUGUUUGGGAGGUGGUGAGAUAUGUGUGUGUGUAAAAGAGCGAGAGAGAGAGAGAGAGAGAGAGAGAGAGAGAGAAGAGCAGGAAAUAGUGUGAACAGAGGGAGAGAGAGGGUCCGACGGAGGUCACAUGCGUGGUUCAUGUGAUGAGAUACCAUUCGGUCGGUGGUGUGGAUGUGGGUUUGGGUUUGGACCACUUUUCCCAAGAAUGAUUGGGAACUUUGUAAAGACAGGUUAGAGCCCUACACGUGGGACUUCUGUAAAGAGAAUGGACUCGUUUUUAAUUUUAUUUUACUUUUAAUUUUAAUGAGAUAAGAAGUCUUUGGCCGACAA